UUAACCCAUAUCAGUUGUAGACGAGUGCUUUUAUUUUGACACUUCGCUGACGUUACCCGGAUGUGCUUUGUCCACAUUAGCCACAAAGCUCUCGACCAUUGUACGCACGAGAAUACUACUGCGGAAAGUGGUAAAAGUCUUGUCAAACGUAACUCCACGGGACGGUACAUGUGGCUCCAUCUGACAUCCAGGUCCCAUCGGAUGUGAAGCUCCGCAGACCUCUGGUCCCUGUGACACUAAAGCCAUGAGCAGCCAGCCGAGAGCGACCCCUCCUCUACGUUUUGGCCAGGUGGUCAUUGGACCCCCAGGCUCCGGUAAAACCACCUACUGCCAAGGGAUGCAGGAGUUCCUGACUUCGCUGGGACGCAGGGUGGUUGUGGUGAACAUGGACCCUGCUAAUGAGGGGCUGCCAUAUUCCUGUGUGGUAGAUAUAUCCGAGCUGGUCAAUCUGGGCGAUGUGAUGGAAGCCUUGAAGCUGGGACCUAACGGCGGGCUCCUGUACUGUAUGGAGUAUGUUGAAGCAAAUCUGGACUGGUUAGAGAACAAACUGAAAGAGCACAGUGACUGUUACUUCUUGUUUGACUGCCCCGGACAGGUGGAACUGUACACCCACCAGAGUUCCGUAAAGAAUAUAUUCACACAGCUGGCCAAGUGGAAUUUCAGGCUGUCUGCGGUGCAUCUCGUGGACUCUCACUACUGUGCUGACCCAGCCAAGUUCAUCUCUGUUCUGUGUACCUCCCUGUCCACCAUGCUGCAUGUAGAGCUUCCUCACGUCAACGUCCUCUCAAAAAUGGAUUUGAUUGAGCAAUAUGGCAAACUAGCCUUCAACCUUGACUUCUACACAGAGGUCAUGGACCUGUCCUAUCUUCUUGAUCACUUGGCUGCAGACCCCUUUUUCAAGAAAUUCCGCCAUCUGAAUGAAAAGUUGGCAGAGGUCAUACAAGAUUAUGGUCUUGUAUCUUUUGUGCCACUCAAUGUACAGGACAAAGAGAGCAUGAUUCAAGUCUUACGGGCAGUGGACAAGGCCAAUGGCUACUGCUUUGGAGACCUGGAGGAGAGGAAUCUGCAGGCCAUGAUGUCAGCUGCUGUGGGGGCUGACUUCCAGUUCAGCACCACUCUUGGAGUUCAGGAGAGGUAUGUUGAAACGAGUGAGAAGACGGUGGAGGAGGAAAUGAUGAAUCUGUAAAUUAAAGAGCUCAAUAAAAGAACAAAACUUUAUAGCACUAGUUCAUGCCAACAUUCAUUUAAUUUGGCCUGAGUUCUGAACCUCUCUGCUAAAGUGGAGACGAGAACUAAAUAUUGUUAAGGCUUCAAGGUUGUACCACGUCAUGCGAAGAGGAACCAAGAGGAAGGACAGGAAGGACUAAAUAACAAGCUUGUCUUUAGUAAUCGAUAAAAUAUGUUGCUGUUAUUGUGUACAAUAAAAUUAAUGUUUUUAAGAAAA